AUGUAUCUGGCAGAUACACUGAGCAGAGCAUACAGAGUGCGUAAGAGCACAAAAAGAAGAUGUAGCAGAAGAUGUUAUGUACAUAGAGGACAUGAGAGGAGACACUGAAAGAGAGCUAGAGCACAUCAAUAUGAUACAAUACUUGCCAGUAUCGGAACCAACGCUGAUUGCCAUUCAGCAAGCAACAGAACCGAUCCUACCCUGA